AGAGCAGCAUCUGCUCUUCCAGAGGAUGUGAGUUCAAUUCCCAGCACCCACAUGGUGACUCACAUCCAUCUAUAAUGAGAUCUGGUGAGCAGGCCUACAUGCAAACAGAACAUUGUAUGCAUAAUAAAUAAAUAAAUCUUUAAAAGAAAAGAAUAAAGGUACAAAUGAGGACAAAAUAACAGUUUAACAAUGAAGAUGUUUGUGCCUUUACAAAAUGCAUAUAACUUUAAACAUUCAUUUCAAAGAAUACUUAGGACUGCACUAGUGUGUGACUUUCACUAAUUAACAUGUUAUUAACUGUGAAGGUAAAAGAGGAGGAAGGCUUGAGAGGGCAUAAGCAGGUUGAGAAGGUAAUACUAGAGCAAGGCCUGAGCGUGAGGGCGUAGCUUCAAGUCUGAGUCAACUAGCACAGCACACUUAUAGCAGGGUAGCCUAGAGGAGCAAUUGGGUAAGUUGGGGCCAGAAGUGUACCUCAGUACAGAGUGAUUCCUGUGCAUAAUGCCCUGGUUCAUUCCCAGCAUCACCAAAAAACACUGAAUACAGGUAACUUCAAAUAAGAACUUUGUGAAGUACAUGUCUAGAGCUGUGAUGCUCACGCUUACUUGGCCAUAAGCUUAAAUCUUUCAUCUGCUAGUAAAUUUAAUUAAUACUUAUUGAAUUUUUUGUCUUUGAGGGACAUUUUAUCUGUACUCUUAGAUUCUUUAAAAAAAAAAAAUACUGCAGUAUGAAAAGAAAAAGCUGGCUAGAAAAAUGUCUCAGCCAUGAAAGGCUAGGCUCAAAACCAAAAAGAAAAGCAUUCUGCAGGGGCCAGAGACAUGAUCAGCAGUUAAGAGCACAGAGGACCUGGGUUGAGUUCCCAGCACCCAUAUGGCAGAUCUCAAGAUCUGUAACUUCAGUUUAGGGGAUCGAGUGCCCUCUUCUGGCCUCUGAGGAUACUGCAUAUAUGUAAUACACAGACGUACAUGCAGGCAAAACACCAACACAUAAAAACUGAAAAAGUAAUAAUAAUAAAAGUCGAUUAAAGAAAAUUUUUAAAAAUCUGCAAUGUUAAAAUAGCACAAAAGUGCCCACAGGGAUCUGGUAUAGUUUCUCUGUAACUAUUAGUUUGAUUUUGGGUUUUUUUUGCCUAUAACAAUAGUAACUACUGUUUUUAACUUCUCUUUUAUGGUGUUUCCCCUAAAUUUUGAACUACUGUAUGACUGCAUUUGUUGAUCUUGAGUCAACUGUUAUCGGCAUGAAUUGCGUAUCAUGAUAAAGCGAUGGUGUCGUUUUCACUCAGGCAGCCCAUCCAAACAUGCGGACCUAUUAUUUCUGCACCGAUACAGGAAAGGAAAUGGAGCUGUGGAUGAAGGCCAUGUUAGAUGCUGCCCUGGUGCAGACAGAGCCUGUGAAAAGAAUUACCUUUAAUUUCCGAGUGGACAAGAUUGCAACGGAAGGUGCAUCAGCUAAAGAAACCAAUAACAUUCCCAACCACAGAGUCCUCAUUAAGCCAGAGGUCCAGAACAAUCAGAAAAAUAAGGAAAUUAGCAAAAUGGAGGAAAAAAGGGCCUUAGAAGCUGAAAAAUACGGAUUUCAGAAGGAUGGCCAAGAGAGACCUCUAACAAAAAUUAACAGUGUAAAGUUGAACUCUCUGCCAUCAGAAUAUGAAACUGGGCUAGCCUGCCCACCUCAGAAUGUGCACUACAGACCCAUCAAUGUGAAUAGUUCAGAUGGCAAAAUAGUGAAUGUCAGCUUGGCAGAUGUCCAGGGUGGGAGUCACCCAAAUGCAGGGACCCUGGCCACAGAGGCUGAUCGAGUCAUUCAGAGAACGAAUUCAAUGCAGCAGCUGGAACAGUGGAUUAAAAUCCAGAAAGGACGGGGUCUUGAAGAAGAGCCCAGAGGAGUAAUUUCUUACCAAACAUUGCCAAGAAAUAUGCCAAGCCACCGAGCCCAGAUUGUGGCCCGCUACCCUGAAGGUUACCGAACACUCCCAAGAAACAGCAAGACCAGACCUGAGAGUAUCUGCAGUGUAACCCCUUCUGGCCAUGAGAAGUCUGGGCCUGGAACAGAAGAGAAGCGGCGUUCCAUGAGGGACGACACCAUGUGGCAGCUGUAUGAGUGGCAGCAGCGUCAGUUUUACCACAAGCAGAGCACCCUUCCUCGACACAGCUGCCUGAGCAGCCCGAAGGCCAUGGUUAAGGUUUCUGACCAGACAAUGCACUCCAUCCCCACGUCACCUUCCCAUGGGUCCGUAGCGGCUUACCCGGGAUUCUCACCACAACGAACAUACAGGUCAGAAGUGUCCUCGCCCAUCCAGAGAGGAGAUGUCACGGUAGACCGCAGGCACCGGGCUCAUCACCCAAAGCAUGCCUAUGUACCUGACAGAAGGUCAAUGCCAGCUGGCUUAGCUUUACCGGCUGUUAGUCCUCAGAGCCUCCAAGGCAGAACGCCAGAGGAGCUUACGCUGCUGCUCAUAAAGCUGAGACGGCAGCAAGCUGAACUGAGUAGUAUCCGGGAGCAUACCUUAGCACAGCUCAUGCAGCUCAAACUUGAGGCCCACAGCCCAAAGAAUGAAAUUCUUUCACAUCAUCUUCAAAGGAACACCAUAUAUUUGGAUCAUCAGAUGAAAGAAAAUGAACCUAUUAUCACCAUGGUUCACACAAUGAUUGAGAACUCGGCGCUAAGACCGCAACUGUACCAACAAUUCUUAAGACAGAAGAACCAGAUAAGUCUCUAUUGUCUGUCACAAGAUGAAUGUAGAGGCACAUUAUACAAAUACAGACCUGAAGAGGUAGAUAUUGAUGCCAAAUUGAGCAGAUUGUGUGAACAGGAUAAAGUGGUCCGUGCUCUGGAGGAGAAGCUGCAGCAGCUGCACAAAGAGAAAUACACGCUCGAGCAAGCCUUGCUGUCAGCCAGCCAGGAAAUAGAGAUGAAUGCAGAUAACCCGGCCGCCAUCCAAACGGUGGUACUGCAGAGAGACGACCUGCAAAACGGACUGCUGAGCACGUGUCGAGAGCUCUCCCGAGCCACUGCUGAGCUGGAACGAGCCUGGAGAGAAUAUGACAAGUUAGAAUAUGAUGUCACUGUCACCAGGAACCAGAUGCAGGAGCAGCUUGAUCGCCUUGGGGAAGUGCAGAGUGAAUCGGCAGGAAUUCAGCGGGCACAGAUUCAGAAAGAACUUUGGAGAAUUCAAGAUGUCAUGGAGGGGUUGAGCAAACACAAACAGCAAAGAGGUUUCUCAGAAACAGUAGGUCUGGCAGGAUCAAAGCCUUUCUCAGCAGUUAAGUACAAAAGCGAGGAAGAGGAAGUAGUCCCACCUCGGCCUCCACUUCCUCGGUCUUAUGACUUUACAGAGCAGCCUCCCAUAAUCCCCCCUCUGCCCAGUGAUAGCAGCUCCUUGCUCUGUUAUAGCAGGGGCCCCGUGCAUCUGCCUGAAGAGAGGAAGACUCAUCAAGUUCAAGGAUAUCCAAGAAAUGGAUCUCACUGUGGUCCAGACUAUAGACUCUACAAGAGUGAGCCAGAGUUGACCACAGUGGCCGAAGUUGAUGAAUCUAACGGAGAGGAAAAGUCAGAACCAGUUUCCGAGAUGGAAGCUCCAGUUGUUAAAGAGGACCUAAGUUCGGUUCCCAGCACCCACAUCAAGCAACUCACAACCACCUGUAAUUCCAGCUCCAGGCGAUUCCAACAUCCUCUUCUGGCCUCCAAGAGCACUGGUCCCCACUUUGCAGUUGGAGUUCCUCUGAGAACGAAGUCACCCACGCCAGAGUCCUCCACAAUAGCCUCCUAUGUGACCUUGAGGAAGACUAAGAAGAUGGAGCUAAGAACGGAAAGACCAAGAAGUGCAGUGGAACAACUCUGUCUGGCUGAAAGUACUCGACCUAGGAUGACUGUGGAAGAGCAAAUGGAGAGAAUAAGGAGACACCAACAGGCCUGCCUAAGGGAGAAGAAGAAGGGACUGAACGUUAUCAGUGCUGCGGACCAGUCACCCUUACAAAGUCCUUCGAAUGUGAGAGAGAGUCCUUUCAGGGUCACUCAGACUCUACGGAGGGAUGAUAACAUUAAGGAGCUAGACACCGUCUGCAGAGAAAAUGAUGUAAGGCCAGACCAUGAAACUCCAGCAGCAGAAACUGUUCUAUUAGAAGAAGCUGAACCCCAGAAUGUGGAUCUCGGCAGAAAGCUUAAAAGAACUGAAAGUAUUUUUUAUGAAAUGCUUUUCACACCUGAGCCAAAUGGGAUGAAUUCUGAGGAAGUGAUGGAUAGAGAAAAGCAUAAAGGUCAGGCACUAGAAGAUGUUCCAUGCAGCCCCCAAGAAGAGGCGGAGGUGACAAACCACCGGGCAGAAAGCCGCCCUGAAGAAGCACAGAGUCUUCAUGAAGAGGAGGGAACUCACGCUUCUUCUGAGUCACCUCCUGAGGUUCCCAGAGAGAAUCAGACCCCAGUGAAAAGUCUGUCCCUGUCUCCUGAGUCCUCUGCAUCACCAGAUCCGCCUACUCCGCCAAAGCUCACAGAAGGAUCGCAUUUCAUGUGUGUGUAGUCUCAGAACUGCACUGACGUCUCUUGAGAGCACACAGAGCUGAAGCUGUGGACCUCAGCCGUGUAAGAAGAUGUUGUACAGUAUACCUUAAAUCUAUGAAAUUCAUAGUUCUGAUGCUUCUGACCACAGAGCAUCGUUUUAUCACCUUUGGAAAAUGUUUAUUCCAAAAUAGCUUUAAUGGCCCAUAUGUGCACUCCCUAGUCUCAAGGUCACCAUCCUCCACCGGCUUGCUGCUAUGAGUUCAGAACACACCAGUCAAGGUGCUUUCUCCCGCGCUCCAUCCAGAGCUUGCUUAGUUGCAGUCCCCAGAUUUGGAUGCUUACGUCUAGGUGAAUUUAUGUUCCUUUGGCUUUUCGGCAAAGCUGUACUUUCCUGUGAAGCUUGUUUUCUUCCUUCUUUUCCUCCCAUUUUGGCUACUGCAGUACUUUGUUUGACACUUGAUUUGUAAAAAUUUUAUAUAAUAUAUUUAAAAUGUGCCAUUUUAUUACUGCUAAGUGAAGUCUGUCCUGUUUUCUGCUAUAAUGCUUCCUCGGUCAGAUUGCAACGUCAGCAGUUACUGCCAUACUCUGUCAGCUUCCACAAAAUGCUAUUGCGUAGCUUUUCUUUAAAAAGCAAAACAAUUACAAGUGUAGGUAUUCUGAAGUACUGGACAUUUAUGUCAUUGGAAUAGAUGUGUACAGCAAUAAGCAGGCUUUUAGAUCCAGUACUCAGUCUGUGUACAGAUGUAAUUAUGUUCAUUGUGUAGAUGUCACACAGUGAGCACAUGUAAUAAAGGCUGCUUACUAGAGAUUAAUGCAAAUGUUCAUAUCUCAUUUCUUUUUUAUCAUGUUAAAUAAAUGUUGAUGUUCUUAAA